AAAGGUUCAGCGAACGACGAACUCGUUGUAGGCCAGAGUGGUCUUCUUGCGUUUCUCUCGGUUUACAACUCUUCGCGGAUAAAUCGAAAAUGCCAAACAAUAGACAAAAGUGCGGAUAAACUUAGAUAUUAUUUCAAAUACUUCCCGAUUAUAUAUAUGAUUUGUUGACGUUUUAGUUGGACUUAAAAACAAAAUUAAUAUACAAGAAAAGCUCGGUUUUGUAGUAAUAAACAAGACUUAGUGUUUUACAAUGGCAAGUUUUGAAUUUUGCGUGUACUAUUCAAUUUGGUUUUUGGCAUCUUUGGUCAUGGCCAACGAAGACGUUGUAAGUGUUAAUAAACCAAUAGUUAAAUCUGUCAAGUCUUGGCAUUUUUCUGCAGAAUAUGUUCGGUGUUUCUGCAACUUACCUUCAUGUAUAUUGACUGGAUAUAUGUGUAAAUCAAGUGGUGGGGGCUGCUUUUCUGAUGUAAUUGUCCCUGGAAAUGAUGACAAAGGACGACACGGAUGCUUAGAAUUUCUGGAAGAAAAAUACAGAUGUCACGGAAAGAGCGGCAUCAAUGAAAGGACAACAAUUAGAAGAAAAGAAAACUCAAAAUCCCACUUGAUGUGUUGCCACCACGACAUGUGCAAUCACAUAGAAAGUCCUCAAACAUUAAAUAUCAUCAAUAAUACAUUAUUAGAUGAUCAGUCAGCAGAAGAAACAGAAAUCAAAUAUCCGCAGAGACAAGAGCCUGUAUUAUAUUCUGAUUCAGAAGUAUGGUUUAGGGCAGCCACCAUAGCCGUUCCUAUAUGUGGUGCCGUCAUUUUAUUUGUUCUUAUCGCUUUAGCUGUCAAAAUCCUAAAAAGCGAACAUCAAAAUUCUGUGAUUAACAAAUUAGGACCAGCGUACUAUGUUCAACCCAUUCAACAAAAGAACGCCAAAGAUAAAUGUAACCAAGAAAAUUUCCAUCUAACUUACGACAAUCUCCUUCGGAAAGAUUAUAUAGCACCACCGCACCAUAACUUCUUCUGCGCACACGCCGAAGAAUAUAAGGGACAGUUCCGAGAACCUUUAAUUCAAAGCGAGUGUAGUACUAGUGAAGAUAAAAAUAUUAAUCAUACAAGGUAUAAUCUCGUGAAUUACGAGGAUUCAGGCAAAUCCAUAAUUCUGGAAAUAGAGAAAGAAAACGUUCCUCGUUCUUAAAUCAGCUGAGAUUUUAAUUCAGGCGUAUAAUUUUCUACGGAAAAGAUAUUCUUAACAUAGAUUCUUAUGUUGUCUUGAAAAAGACUGACGAUUUUUAAAUCACUGUACUUAUAUGUAAGUUUUCUCUCGAAGAAAUAAUACAUUUCGACCGAUUUAACGAAUCAUAUUAUAAUUUAAAUUUUUACAUAACCGUUGAAUUAUUGUGAUAGUAUACUAAUGAAAGCAUUCGGCAGGUCUAAAAUGAUUUGCUUAGUAUAGGUAAUGGAUUUUGACAAGAGUAUGGUGUUAAAAAUUUCACGUAAACUUGUGUACUAAAUCGACAUUACUCAUAGCUCUUUUCAAAAUCCAAUACGUCUAGAAUCAAAAACUUAUCCCAUAUGGAGCUCUUUACUGCUAGCUCGUAUGAUUUAAAGACAAAGGAAAGAUGGUUUCGUUUAAUAGUAAUAUUCUAAUAUACUCUUACGAAAAUGUAUGAUUCGUUAAAUGUAAGGCUGUGAAAAUAAUGUGUAAUGUAAGGGUUUCUGUAUUAUCAUAGGUUUUGUAAAAAAUAUUGCAUCCAUCCGAGCUACUAGAAGAAGAGAUUGAAUUACUCAAAUCAUGAGAUAAGAACACGAACAAAAGAAGAACAAAUCAUAGAAAAAAGAGAAAAUCGAAUUAUAAAGACAAUAUUAAAGGGGCCAUAAUAGUAUCUAACUUAUAUAAAAUUUGAUGGAUUGGAAUAAGUCUACCCAACAUAGAGAGCUACUUUAUGAGAGCCAAUGUACCAGUAUUUUCAGAAAACUAGCAUUAAUAUCGAAAAAAUAUCUUCUUAGAGUGUGAUGUUGGCACCACGGUAUGGAAACAUCUGAGGCAGGUGUGAUAUUUAGAACUUCUUUCAGUCUCCCUCAGUUCUUUCUAUCUGUCUCUGACUUGCAUCCAAUUAUCGCUGAAAUGCUUCAGGUCGUCAGUUCAUCUGGUUGUUAGGCGGUCUCUAUAGCGUAGUGCUUCUUGUCUUGGCCUCCACUCGACAAUUCGCUAUGUGCAAGUAUUUGGAGGGGAGACUAGAAACGAUCGUGCGCGAGUAGCGGAGAAAUCUUGCAAUUUUCUUAACAUAUUUCUUAAAUAAUUCAUAUUGUCAAUUGAAAUUGUCAUAGACAUAUUUCAUACCUACUGUCAUUGAAGAAAAUGGGAUUUCGCAAAUGCUGUGUUUUAAAUUGUAAAAAUUACCGCUGUGUCUAGGUACACGCUAACGUGUACGCAAAUAAAAUAGUUACACGUGAAUUAAACUUCAUCAAGCCAGUGACGUCAUUAUUUAGCAUGCGCAGUGACUAUAUAUUUUGGUACACGCUAUUUUGAUAUGUUUAGUGUUUGUUUGAUAGAAUAAUAUUUGUUUUAAGGGAAUGGAAAGGGAAGCAGAACUAUUCAGAUGUUUUAAACUUAAUUGUAAUAAUUCAAUGUGUAUAUAAAAGUAUAUAUUCAGGUUAGCAAAAUAAAUAUUUAGUCGACGUAACAUGUACAAAAUACUGUUAAAAUAAUUUUCAUACGUAAGUUAAUUAUACCAGUUUAUAAACCAAUGCUGUUGUGUUUAUUUCUUUUAUACAGGGAGUUGAACUUGUUACGAUUUUCAUAGAAAAUUGGUUAUAACUUUGUAAAUACCCUGUAUAACAUAAUAAACAUUUAUAUUUUUGUGAUGGGGAAGUUACGAAGAUUUCGAACAUAAAAUAAAAUAUACGGUGUUCCAUUUUAAAAAACCAUAAGUUUGGUUUGCCACUAUGUUAUCGAACACCAGUGGUGUCAUGGCAAAAUUAGCAGUGCGGGAACGCAGUGCCGGAACGCAUUGCUAAUUUUUGUUUACAAAACCUAAAUUCUCUAUUAUUUUUUUUUCUUUUCUUAACCAGUGCGGGAACGGCGUUCCCACGCGUUCCCACACCAUGACACCACUGUCGAACACCCUGUAACUUUCUAACUAAUUUUGUAAUACGAAGCUCAAAGUUUGCUACAGUUUUUGUUACUAACUUUUAUUGCUAUCUAUUACUAUAGCGGAUAUACUGAGCUUUAUCACACUAAUCAAUCGCCCUGUAUAUCUUAAUACUUCUGCUACCCUUAAUCACGAAUUUUUGUCUCUUAUCUUUUUCAUACUGUUUUAAAAUAUUGUUAAACUCAUUAAAAGAACUAAAUAAUUGUCCACACUCCAUAGUUAAUUAAAAAAAAAACACUAAACAAAUAAAAAAUAAGAAAACUCUUUACUAUCAAUAUUAAAGUGUAAACACAACACGAUUAGACAAAUUCUAACCUCACUCUGACACUCUCGGUACUUACCACAGCAUACACGCGACUCAAGUUAGCGUGUACUAAAAACUCAGUCACAGUGCACGCUAAAUAGUGACGACACUGACUUAAUGACGUUUAACUCGCGUGUACCUAACUUUUUUAUUUUCGUACAAGUUAGCGUGUACCUAGACACAGCGAAAAAUUAUAUGUUGCUCCACAAUAUUGAUAUGAUCUGCAAUUAUUAAAGUGAAUUUAAUUAAUUGUAUAUUGCUUGUAGUACUGCAUUUUAAUAAUUAAUUUUAUUUACUAAAUACAAUGUUUACCUUUUAAUAACAUAACCUCAACCUUACUUUUUCUUCUUAUUCUUUUUUUCGGCUAUGGCAUUGAUUGACAAUUAUCCAGUAACCAGGACUAAUAUAAUUGGCCAAUAUAAUUAAAGGUGCUAAAAAUGAUUGAUGUCAUCUUUGAUGCUGAUGCUAUGUCCGUCCCUAUGUCACUAGGUGUCGCUCUUCCGAACUUGCACGGUCCCAAGUGCCAAUAGGGCUUUUCAUUCAUUUGUUUCGAGCUUCUGUCGUAUGUUGUAUAAUCCGUGUAUAUUACUAUUAUACAGAGAUUAUACAACAUAUGACAUGAGCUCGAAACAAAUGACAAUCGAUGAAAAGCUAUACGUUUUGUCCAUCGAUUAUCUGAAAAUCAGGCAGGACACGUCUGUCCUGCCUUUUGUUUUUGUUCUACGAUGACAUGUUUUAAUGUCACACAAAAACACAAGUUUUAAUGUCAUACAAAAACACAAGUUUUAAUUCAUUUUUAAUUGUAACUGACAACAAAAGAAGUAAAAAAUAGAAUGCCUAUGAAUCCUAUGAUAACAGAAAUUCUUUAUUAUUUUUGAGAACUUAACCAUAUCAACUUCGGUUUUUCACAUAUUAUUUAGACACCGUGUAUCAACUUCGUUUAUUACGUAUUAUUUAGAUACCGCAUAUUGUCAAUAUGAUCUGUAUUUAGCAUAUUGAGAUUGUAAUAUUUUAUAUUUUGUCAACGUCAAUUGAAUGCAAGUUGUAUAAGGUGAUCUGUAUAACUGUCAAUUAUUAAUCCAUAGAAAUUAAUCUUGACAUUUGACAAAUUGUCUUGUCAUGUUCCAUCAACUUUUAAACAAAUAUGUAAACAAGUCUUAAAUAACUAGUAAGUUCAUUAUGAUUUCCUUCUACAAAUUUUAAAUACUUUCUAUUCAUCGCCGCCAUUGUUUGUGUACACUUGACAUAUAUGACGAUAUAUUACCAAUGACGUAUGAAGUACAUAUAUUAUACGUCAAAUGUCCGAAAAAAUAGCGGCGAUGAAUAGUCCUAUUGCCUAAACUAUUGACAUCAUAGCUACCAUGAUUGAUUGAAAUAUAAAUCGUAGUGUCAGUGAUCUGCUAAUUAAACCCGAUUUAUCCUAGCUUGUUCUUCCAGAUUCUGAAUGGACACAACGGAAAAAUGACUUGCUUAGAUAAUUGUUUUUAAAUUAUUUAGAUGUUAUACAUCAAAGUAGUGAAUGAGAAUUCAGUGUUCUAAUGACGUUGAAAUUUUUAGUAUGCAUUUGUAUUGUUCGUCGGCUAUAACUUUUCCCAUGCGUCACAAUUCAUUUUCAAACAAAUUAAGUCAAAACAUAAUAUGAAACGAACGUCGAUGUGUAUAUACAUUUUGUAUACUGUAUACUAUAUACUACACACAUCGGCGUACGUUUUACUUUAUGUUUUGACUUAAUUUGUCUGAAAAUGAAUCGUGACGCAUGGGAAAAGUUAUAGCGGACGAACAAUAUGUAUUGACUUGCAAUGUUUUUAGGAAGUGCUAGUGAAUAGGUCUAUUCAUCGCUUUUCUUUUUUUUUUUUUCGAACCCUUGACGCAUGACUUAUAAUAUAUUUUAUAUAUAUGUCAUUGGUUAAUGACGUAUGACGUAGAUAUAUGUCAUACGUCCAGGGUUAAAAAAAAGAAAGGCGAUGAAUAACCCUAUACAAAUUUUCCAGUUGCUAUUUAUUAAAUAAAGAAAUUUAUUAGCAAGCUUAAAAAAGUUAAUAUUUAUUCAUUGACAAUAUUUAGAAAUACCUACUACUGUACUGAAAUAACGUUUUUUGUAGUUGGAUAAGAAAAUAUUUUAAAAAUAUUUCAUGAAUAGAAUAAGUAAUAAAAUUCAACUGUAAAUAAUUAAAACCAUGAAUAGAAAUGUGAUUAUAUAAACAGUGUGUUCCAAAAAGGUGUAUAAAGAUUAACUACAGUUUAUAUUUAAUUUCUGUAGGUCAGAUAUGGGAAAUUAUGUAUAGCCUCGACUUACGGACGCCUCUGACUGCUAAAACGAUCGGAAACUCCGUAUUCAUUCAGUGGCGUAUCUACGAAGUGCUUGCUAAGUGUUAAUAAUGUUAUAGGCUAUUAAGACACUUGCGCACGUCAUUAUUUCAUUGUCAUAUAUUUCUGCUGCUAAAAGGGUCCCUUUAAAAUCUGCCUGAAGGAGCUUUAACACGUUUGACCUUUGCUGUACGUUAAUAUGUAUGAAUGGUCAAACCACUUAUCGUUUUUUGUAGUAAUUUCUAAAUUCAUUCAUUCAUAGAGCUUUUCAUCGAUUGUUAUUUGUUUCGAGCUUCUGUCAUAUGUGGUAUAAUAUGUGUAUAAUAUUAACAUACACAAACGUUUGUUAUUUUGUAUAAGUGAUUGAUGUGAUCGUUCAUGGGUAAUCUUUCAUUUUUCCGACUGUAUUUGAGCUUUAACUGAAACUGAUGCUAUAGGACUUUUCAUUCACAGUCAUUUGUUUCGAGCUUCUGUGAUAUGUCACAUAAUAUUAAUAUAUCUGAGACAUACGUUAUUGGUAUAUACAAUAAUACACACCAAAAACGUAUGACGUAGAUAUAUUAAUAUUAUGUGACACAUGACAGAAGCUCGAAACAAAUGACAAUCGAUGAAAAGCCCUAUACGCUGUGAGCUCAUACCUAGAGGGGAUAUUUAAAAAUUCGCGAGCGCCAGUAGUGACAAGUUUGUAAACGUUUACUGGAAAUUUGACAUAAAUGUCAAAGUGAUUAAUUUAAAAUUAAAAUUAAAAACAUUAAUUAUAAAAAAUAUUAGUUGGUCAAAGCUGUGGUAUAUAUUUUUACCUUAAAUAUACUUCCGUUUUAAAUACUGAAUUUAAGUUUUUUUAAUGUUCCGUAAUAUGUAAUUAUAAAUUAAUCUAUUAAUCUUAGCGCCAUCUACACGAUAAUUGUGAAAGUAUCCGAAGUACAAGUAAACAGGGAUAACAAAAACUCUCAAGGUCACUUUUACCGCAUAAACGAACGUCUGUUAUCGCUUCUCCUCACAGUUGCAGACAAAUUGGUUAUACAAUAAGAAAUUAAUAUUUCAUCAAUAGAACGUCAAAAUGAUUAGCAAAAUCUUAAAAAAAUCGAUUACAAUUUAAUUACUUUUUUGCGUUGUAAAUAUUAAGCGAUAACAAUUAAAUAAUAAAUUUAAAAAUUACCGGUGAAAGUUGCAUUACUAAUCCGCUAGGAGCGACACCAGCGAAGCUCAGAGCGUAUAGGGCUUUUCAUUCACAGUCAUUUGUUUCGAGCUGCUGUCAUAUGUUGUAUAAUCCGUGUAUAUUAAUAUUAUACACGGAUUAUACGACAUUUGACAGGAGCUCGAAAUAACUGACAAUCGAUGAAAAGCCUUAUUUACGGUAUGCGGCAAAAUAAACAGUACUGAAAUACGUAUGCGUCUAAUUUGUAUGUGUCAUGCACUGAGUGGUUUACGAACGUCGUUAUAACGUAAAAAUUUUUUAUCGUGGAGUACUAUUUUCGGUCAUACGGAAAAGGUCGCGAAAACAGUCCAAGCUUAAAAUCAACAAUGGUUUCAACAGGACGGGUAACCUGUCACACGGCCAGUGAGUCUUCAAACACUGCGCAAUCAUUUUGAGAGAUUGCCACUCACUAGACCUAACGCCACCUGAUGCGUACAUAUGGGGAAUGCUGAAGGAGGCAGACUGAUCCACCGUCUGACAUUUCGGAAUUGCGGACUUGAAUUAAAGAUUUUCUCGUGCCAGAGGGCAUCUUUAACAUCUGUUUUAUCGGGAACGUCGUCCUGAAUAAUGUUCGCAAGGCUAUAUCACAAAUGUAUAAUCAUAAACAUUUCGAUAUUCAUUUCAGUAGGUACUGUUUAAUAUGCUGCAUACUGUAUAUGAAGCAUUUUUAUGCUGGCUUCAGUAGUUUAGUAGGUUUCAGCUGGGAUCUCGUGGAUCGGUAACGCUCAUAGAUUGAUCCUUAUGGGAAGCAUCUAAACAUUCCGUAUAUAUGUAUUUGGCACCUAGGAGUUUUCUAUUGGUUCCUUGCGCCUUGCGGCACGCGGUCAUAUUUCAACCAAUACGCGCCGAGGUGCCAAACGCAUAUACGGAAUGUUAUUCGGUGCGAAAUUCAUAUACGGAAUGUUAAAUAUUCGUAGACGGAAAAAGAUAACUUUUUUUUAGUCAGUGAAAAGGAGAUUGAUUUUAAAAUACUUGUUAAUGUAUUAUUAAAUAAAAAUAAAACAAUUAUAGUAUUUGGAAUGUUAUUUGGUGCAAAAUUCAUAUGCAGAAUGUUAAAUAUUCGUAGACUAAAAAAGACGACUUUUAAAGAAAACUGACGGUUAAAGAAAACUGAUUUUAAAAUAUUUACUCAUUUAACUGAACUCAUUUACAAAAACAGUUCCAAUUUAUAGCCCAUCGUUAUUUCUCGAAAAUUCUGUCCAUCUCUAGUUAUCGUCCAGACGUUCUUUGCUCGUCUUUCCGUCCCGCUACAUCGCGUCAUAUCUAGAAACAUCGUCGUGGAAUGCCUGCGUGGAGAUGGGACCUGUUAUACGACGGUCGGUCAAAAGUAAUAUUUUGUUACAGUAUUAUUAAAUAAAAAUAUAACAAGUAUAGCAUAUGGAAUGUUAUUUGGUGCGAAAUUCAUAUACACGGAAUGUUAAAUGUUCGUAGAUAAAAAAGACGACUAUUUUCGUCUGGUAGCGCACAGCCCUAAACUUCAACAGAAAUAACAGAAUUGAAUAGCUGAAACAUAAAUCUAAACAUACUAUACAACACGUGCAAGUCAUUAAAAAUUCUGCGAAAGCGAAAUAGAAAUAAAGAAAUAAUAAAGUCUCUCAAAUCUAUACCAUAUACCUAUCUAUACCUAUACCAUAUUCCGCAUAUGAAUUUCGCACCAAAUAACAUUCCAAAUAAUAUAAUUGUUUUAUUUUUAUUUAAUAACACAUUAACAAGUAUUUUAAAAUCAAUCUCCUUUUAACUGACUAAUAAAAAGUUAUCUUUUUCCGUCUACGAAUAUUCAACAUUCCGUAUAUGAAUUUCGCACCGAAUAACAGUCCGUAUAUGCGUUUGGCACCUCGCCGCGUAUUGGUUGAAAUAUGACCGCCUGCUGCAAAGAACUAAUAGAAAACUCCUAGGUGCCAAAUACAUAUACGGAAUAUUUAGAUGCUUACGGGACAGUAUAAAGAGCGACAGUAAAACCUCUUCCAUGUCGGCACUUUGAUCUCAAGAAGUAAUACCGGCAGUACGAAAUUGGUAAUACACCAGUGGGGGAUGCGGGUUUUCCCUGUACGUUUCUAUGCGAAUAGCAAUGCGAGAGUGGGGCAAAAGCGACUGCGAACAUUGCGCGGUCGCCAUGCGCGACUAAAGAUUUUACUUCCAAAUUUUCGGAGAGUGGUUCUACUGUCCCUCUUUAUACUGUGCGACAGUAGGCGACGUUAGAAAAAUGGUGCAUACAUUUGUGACAUGCAAAUACCAACGUAUUUAGAAAAAAUCACAUUUUGCUAUACAUUGUUUUAUCGAUAACCAGCAUUUUAUAUUUUUAUAACUAUCUUUUUGGAAAACAGUGUAUUAUUAAUUUUACCAAUAUGAUUAAGUAAAAUACUGAUAAAAAACUUCUCGAAAUGAGUACAGCAAUAAUUAUCACACAUGAUAAACCCAUAUUUGUAUCGGAUGGUCCGAAUCUCCCUGUGUAAGAACUGCUCAAUAGGUACUCAUUUUUUGUAUAUAGUGUAAAGUUUUGUACUUAUUUUUUAUGUAUUUAAUAAUAAACUCGACAAUAAUUACAAUUGUAAUGUAUUUUUAAAACAUACUACAUUGUUGCUUAUUUAUAAUAUUGUUCCUGUAUCAUCCGUUGUAGUAGAUUUUGUAAUUUAUAAAUAUAAGCAAUAAAUUUUAUUUG